CUUUGUGGCAGCGACCUUGCAAGCAGACGCUACUUUCAGCACCACAUAGACGCGACGUCGGACAUCUAUCCCACCCAGUCUGUACGAUCGCAGAUCUAGAGUCGACACCAACGAGAAGCAGACAUGGCCCCCCCUUCGCUGCGCAUCUCGAUCGGGUGCAGCGUGGACGAUUUGAAAGUGUACAAUGUAAACAGCGAAGAAGCAGCGCUCAUCUCGACGGACAAGUUUCAAGGUCGAGUCGUCGUCAGGAUCAAGGAAUUUACGGGAGAGGUGCCGCCGGGAAAAGAGAGGAUCGCUCAUACGGAGUAUUUUGACGAGGGGGUGGGCAAGGGAAAUACGUGGAGCAUUCAAUUGCAAGGGCGCUUUUUGAAGGACGUGAAUGCAAACGACUUGGUGUGGGGCAAUCAAUUCGAGAAGCCCAUCCGGGACAUUCUGCCAUGGGGCACGUCGGUCGCUCUGAAUGCGCUUGGGUACAUUGAUCCGAACCUGAAGCACGACAUCUAUGCUGACAGACCGUGGGCUUUCAGCCCUCUCAUCGCGACCAUGACGCGCGUCAACGUAGCUCGCGUUCCAGCAGCAGCGGAAGCCAAGACGGCCGAAGAUGCCUUCAAGUCAGAAGAUUGGCCCCCCUUUCCUCAAGGAGCAGUCAAGGGGGGUGAUGGAAGCUACGUGCACGACGAUACUUCGGCCCUCUUACUCAAAGAAGGCUCUGAAGAGAUUGAUCCCCAACUGGAAGAAGACGGCGUGGCCGAUUUAUCCACCGUCAGAUCACUCAAGGGAGGCAGAGGUGGAAAUGAGCAUGCUCAUCAGAGGAGAGCUCAAUUUUGGAAAGAGCACGUUAGGGAGAGAGUCUUGAUUGGUCGCAAAGAUCUCGUCACAACCACCACGUUCGACAAUGGCUUCAUCGAUUUCAACACCUUGCGUUUGGAAUUGCCCUACACGAACGGUAUGGGCUUCGAUCUGAAAAAGUAUUGGGAUGGACAGCCGGUGCGCUUCUACUGCAAAGAUAAAUCCGACGACACCGUCUUCUUUGUGGUCGAGUUUACAAUCAAUGAGCUCAAGACGUAGAAUCCCGCACCAUUCCCACACUUCGCGACCUACUUGCACAAGGUUGCCCGCGCAUGUAGAUGGCAGUAGAACGUCUGUCCUCGAGGGCCUGCUCUUCAGCUUGCACACAAUCGUGUCUUGACCGCGGAUCUGAAUGCGGUAUGCUAUUGAUGAAGGGACUUAAAG